CGAAUUGUAAAUGCACACAAUGCUUGAAAUCACAUCACAAGAUCAGAAGUGCCAGAAGUGCCUCUUAGCGGAUCAUGUCCUUUCAAGAGUGGUGUGCACGGCUAAUGUUUUAGUCAUUACCACCGCCACCGUAUCUUCGAGUCAACGUUAUAAUUAACCAUUGAACUUUGACGCAGAGAACUAAGUAAAUACUGGAAGAUAAUGGCACACACAGCAGCAGACGAUGCAAGCUGUGUCGCCGCACAUUUUCUGUCGCGCAUGUGAAAAAUUCACAUAAGUGCAGUGAUAACUGAAAAAGAACGCUUCAAAUAUGUCUCACAAAUUGCAGUUUUAUUACUUUUAAUCAUAUCGUCACGUUUUUAGCGCCAUCACGUCAUUCAACGGCAUCGCUACUAUCCGGCUACAAACAAAAAAAUAAAGUUCGGCACAAACACAAACUUAAAUUUGGAGGAUCACGAAGCCUUCGUACCUUCAGCAAUCGAUGACGCCUUUGAUGGCACAGAUUAAAGAAGAACCCCAAGACUGCUCUUCAAGUGAACACCUGCUCGUGGUAGUGAAGACGGAGCGAUACGAUGCUACAAUUCCCGAAGGGCAGGACCAUGUUGGGCACAGCAAUGACACAUCCUCAGAAGAAGCAGUAGCAAGCACUGGUCUACUUCAUAUCAAGGAUGAGCCCAAAGACAUUUGUGAUUCAGCUUUCAACUCUUCAAAUGCACAGUUCAGCAUCAAAACAACAGCUCAGUGUCCGUUCGACAACACUGUCCCAGUCACUGUGGAUGUUCGACCCACUGAUUUCAGGCCCGGAGACUAUGCUCCAGACCAGAAAGAGACCCAACAGCCAAGUGAAUCAUCAAUCACUGACCACGAGAAGGACAGGAUGUACAAGUGCAGUGUUUGUUCAGCUACAUGCAUUGACAUAGACCACUUGGAAGUUCACCUCAGAACGAACAAAGUGAACAGAUUCACCUGCGACACAUGCCGACACAAACCAACACAAGCCACAGGAAUGAAGUCACACAAGUGUGAUCUCUGUUCCGCAGAGUUCAGCAGCAGCUCGAACAUGCGGCGUCACAAGCAGACACACACGGGAGAGAAGCCCUUCAAGUGUGACCUCUGUCCUGCAGAGUUUAGCCGCAGCACAAACCUGCGGUGCCACAAGCAAACGCACACGGGUGAGAAGCCGUACAAGUGUGACGCCUGUCAUGCAAAGUUCAGCCAUAUCACAAAUCUGCAGCGACACAAGCUGACACACACGGGCGAGAAGCCAUACAAGUGCAAUCUCUGUCCAGCAGAGUUCAGCCGGAGCACAGACCUUCAGCGUCACACGCACACACACACGGGCAAAAAGCCAUACCAGUGCGAUCUUUGUCCUGCGGAGUUCAUUCAGCGCAUGCAUCUGCGGCAUCACAAGCAGACGCACACGGGCGAGAAGCCAUACAAGUGUGACACCUGUCAUGCAAAAUUCAGCCGCAGCACGGACCUGCGGCGUCACAUGCUGACACACACAGGUGAGAAGCCGCACAAGUGCAGUCGCUGUCCUGCAGAGUUCAGCCGGAGCACAGACCUUCAGGCUCACACACACAUGCACACAGGUGAAAAGCCAUACAGGUGCGAUAUAUGUUCUGCAGAGUUCAGCCGCAGCUCAAACCUGCGGUAUCACAAGCAGAAGCACAAGGGCGAGAAGCUGUACAAGUGCGAUGUCUGUCCUGCAGAGUUCAGUCACAGCACAAACCUAUGGCGCCACAAGCAGACACACACGGGUGAGAAGCCGUGCAAGUGCAACCUCUGUCCUGCAGAGUUCAGCCAGAGUACAAACCUAUGGCGCCACAAACAGACGCACACAGGUGAGAAGCCGUACAAGUGCAAUCUCUGUCCUGCAGAAUUCAGCCGGAGCACAGACCUUCAGCGUCACAUACACAAACACACAGGCGAAAAGUCAUACAAGUGCAAUCUGUGUCCUGCAGAAUUCGUUCAGAGCAUGCACCUGCGGAAUCACAAGCAGACGCACACGGGCAAGAAGCCACACAAGUGUGACACCUGUCAUGCAAAAUUCAGCCGUAACACAGACCUGCGGCGUCAUAUGCUGACACAUACAGGUGAGAAGCCACACAAGUGCAAUCUCUGUCCUGCAGAGUUCAGGCGUAGCACAGACCUUCAGGCUCACACUCACAUGCACACGGGUGAAAAACCGUACAAGUGCAAUGUCUGUCCUGCAGAGUUCAGCCACAGCGCAAACCUAUGGCGCCACAAGCAGACACACACGGGUGAGAAGCCAUACAAGUGCAACCUCUGUCCUGCAGAGUUCAGCCAGAGCACAAACCUGCGGCGUCACGAGUUGACACACACAGGCAAGAAGCCAUAGAAGUGCAAUCUCUGUUCUGCAGAGUUUCGCUGCCCAAACCUUCGGCAUCGCAAUCUUGCACUCCCCGGCAAGAAGCCAUACAAGUGCAACCUCUGUUCUGCAGAGUUCCGCUUCCCAAACCUGCGGCGUCACAAGCUGACACACAUGUAAGAGAAGCCGUACAAGUGUGACACCUGUCAUGCGAAAUUCAGCCGCAGCAGAGACCUGCGGUGCCACAUGCAGAUGCACGCAGACGAGAAGUGUGAUAUGUGUCCUGCAGAACUCAGCCGCACCACAAGCUUGCGACGGUAUAAGCAGACACACACGGGUGAGAAGCCUUACAUGUGCGACCUUUGUCUGCAGGCACAUUGCAAACCUGCGGUGCCACAAGCAGACACACACAAGUGAGAAGCCGUGCAAGUGCAAUCACUGUACUACUUCGGAGCUCAGCCAGAGGGCACACCUGUGCCAUCACAGGCAGACACACAUGGGUUAGAAGCCAUACAAGUGCAGUUUCUGCCCUGCAGAGUUCUGCCACAGUACAGACCUUGAAAUCAAACGUUUACGUUGUAAGCACAGACCUUCCACGUUACCAGCACACACACACACAGGCAAGAAGCCAUACGAGUCUGAUCUCUGCCGUGCAAAGUUCAGUCAGAGUGUGCACCUACGACAUCACAAGCAGACACAUACGUGAGAGAAGCCGCACCAGUGCGAUGUCUGUCCUGCAGCGUUCAACCAGAGAGAGCACACCUGUGGCAUCACCAGCUGAUACAUACAUUAGAGAGGAAGGCAGCUACAAGUGUGUCGACUCUGUUCUGUUGCACGUCCUCGACUCGGAGACCGUGAGCAGCUCAUGGUAGCGCAUGGCGAGGAAAGGCGUCACAGAUCCCACUGUGUCGCACUGCAUCUCAUUCCCGUCAGUUGUUCAAAACUCACGUUCAUGGACAGACAGAGGUGUUCGUGAUUGUGACCUCAUGUGAAACUAUGUUGUAUUUGAUCCGAUGCUCAUUACGGGAUUGGACUGAAACAUCCCACUAGUUGCAGUGAUUGAUGGUAUGGUUGCAGAGCAGACUGUCAUACCAAAAAAACCUUAACAGGUUGGGUUCAGACAUACAGGUAUGUAUGGGUUGUGACCGCUUCACAAUACGGACGGGACAACUCCAACUGCAGACCAACAAGGAAGAAAAAAAUGACACCUCUCCAAGGAUUUACCCGACACUCCCGAUGGCUCCCUAUGGUUUGGGGAAGACAGGGUCAUUGAACUCAUAAGUUUGUGUAUCAGUCCCUGGACUCGCAGGUGAAAUUCCUGUUUCUUUAAUUGUCAAAUAAACGCUGUCGAGAGUGGGUCA